AUGAUCCUCCUCCAAACCCUCGUCGUACAGAUUCGCCAGGGGACUGUGAACCUCAAGACCUUCGUCCGAUGGUGGAAGCCGCGCCAGCUAUCCCUCGUGGACGGGUUCGUCCUGAAGCUGUGCAAGAUGACGCGUGCAGGACAGGAGAAGUCUUGCCAGUUCAACCAAGUGGUACGGGUCGAGGGUAAGCACGGGAGGCCCAGGAAGGACGGACGCUUCGUGUUCCGUGUUUCGACAGGAACUCCUAGAGGCCUGAAGAACAAAGCGCGGGAGCUCAAUGCGGGAAGCUCGGCAGCCUUGGACAUGUGGAUGUCGGUCCUAGAAGGUGUCACAACGCGUGACACCCAAAAGGAGGCCUUAUUUUCCGGGGACACUCCGCGGGCUGGCAACCCGGGUGACUCUUUCAAGUUCUCCAUGGAGCUCGGGCCGUUCACGUUCGCCCCCACGCCCGCCUUCCGUGGCGACAGCAUUUCUGUCGAUGACUACCCACUCAUCCCGGGUCAAAUCUUGUCGACGGCACCAGUCGUCGAUUCCGCUAACUUGGAGGUCACGGAGGUCGGGGACCUCGUUUUGCGGCGGGGCGACAUCCCUGCCUACCCCAGUGACCACAAACCGCUGUGGGCCCACCGUGUUACGGGGUCGGUCGGAGGUACUGCCAACUGGAGGCUAGGGUGUGCUCUGGAGGUAUGGUGGCACAGGGCCACGAACGGUGGCGAAGGCAUGGGCGUCCCCGUCCACCUGGUCGUGAAGAACGGCAGGUGGAGGGUCGGCCGGGGGUGGAUGUGCACCCUGGGCCGAAUCCCCAGCGUGGCGGGAGGGUGGAGGGUCCACCUCCCGUGGGACUCCCACGGGAAGACCCUCAAGGCGGCGUUGCUUCAGCUCUGCGACGGCAGUGUCGUGAUGGCCACCGGAGAGGGGGAUGUGGCGUGGAGCUCUUCGCCCUCGCCGUGA